UUGGUGAAGGGGCCACUAAAGCUAAAAGCUGGGACCGUAGCUGGGACAUUCGAGGGACUCGAGAAUCGCGUGCCCGGUCGCCCAUUGUUAUCCUUGUCGAACGUAAUGGCCACCAGUGAGUUUGUUGACGAUGAUAUUUGGUGUUCCCGUUCGAACGGAAACGUGGGAUAAAUAGAUCAAUAUUACAUAUGUAUCAAUUGUUUGUAUAAACGGAGAUAGCGUUGGCGUAUCAAGUGUUCACUUUUGUGGUAAAAAUACUCGAUUUAUAUGCAGUUAAAACACCGUCGAACUAGAAGCCAACGCUCGCUUGGGAUCCUGAGACGUCGUCGGCCGGAUCCCAACGCUAUUUGACAAGUGCUACUAACACUGCUGGGCCGUACGGUGCGAUUGAGAAAAAAAAACAUAAAUCAUCAAAUAAACUAGGAUUUGAAAAACCGCUCGAACGUGUUCCAAAAAAAAUUUACUCCGUUAACCCCCAAAAUAAUGAGGAAAGAUAGAAAUAGAAAGUCUAUGUAACAAAUUGUGAACCGCGUAAACAUAACAGUUAGACUAUUUCUUUGAGAUAAUAAUCGUAUCGCGUUCCGAAAUAAAUCCCCCUCGAUUUUCAUGGUCGAUCUCUGGCUGGGAAUUUGGGAUGCUGCCCACCUUGAUGCUCGUUGGCCGUUGGCCUGCAGCCUUUUGUUAAAGUGGCCCCAAACCAGCAGGUGCAUUUUAGUUUUAUUGUCAAAUUUUGUUUAAUCAAAACUCAUCAACGACUACGGUAAUGGCGCGUAUAUCGAAGACUACGGGGACGCAAAUAUCAUCAACCAUAUCGGAGAAGUAGCCGUAUUGUGUAUAACACACGGUUGAAAGCGGCACCUCAAUGGCCCUGGAAUCAAAUGGUAGCAACGUCGUGUGGUUAAGCUCAUCACGGCCCGAUCAGAUACAGCAGUCCGGUUGCUGGCAUACUUCCUGCUCAUUUCAAACAUGGACUUGAAAGUAGAUAAUAAUGAGAUAUAAAUUGAACAAUAUUGAUGGUAUUGUACAGCACGUGAUAAAGGAAGAUCCGCUACAAAUCGAGGCAGCUGAAGAGCAGCGUCACCUACAACAACAACAGCACAGGUACCAACGAAGUCUGAUUAAAAUUCCAAAUCAACAGAAUCAACAAAUUGGACAACCGGUCAAGUGUUCCAUGUUCACUCAGACUGAACAAACCAAUAGUUUUACACAAACAGAGCAGAGCAACUCCAGCUAUAGUGAUCAGCGACAGCAAUCCACGAUGUUUGACCCACAACAAAUCCAACAACAGCAAGCUCCCCAGGGUCAGCAGUCUCAGCAGCAGCAGUCUCAACAGAUGUACGUGACUGGAACUGAAAAAAAGGAAGACAAGUCCCAGCCAUCUGCUACGGCGGAAUUUCCAUUUUACUACAAUGUCAACAUGCUUCAGAAGGUUCAAACGAACGCAGUAAGCACAAUCGGCGCUAUUACAACUGAUGAUAAAGGCUGUUAUCGGUUUGACGUGCAACCUGUGGGUUAUAAUACCUUGCUGAAUCAAAUGAGUAUAGCUGCGGCAACGAACGCAACUUUCAAGUGUGACAUUUGUGGACUAGUUUUUGGUCAUAUGAGUUUAUUAAAUCAUCAUAAAAGAAUCCACAAUACAACACCAAGCAACCUACAACAACAACCACAGCAAGUAGUCCAAGCGCCAACAACCGUUACAGUGGCAAGCACUCAGGAUCGGCCUUACACUUGUGACGUGUGCGGUGCGUGCUUUGCUCUCCCUGGAGAAUUGAAAAGCCACAAAACAAACAUGCAUCAAAAGCCUAAAAUUCAAAUUUGCGAAGAUUGUGGCAGCGAUGAACCCUGCGAACAUCAUCCAACAAAAGUUAAGAAAACAAUCAAACCAGGCCACCAUCCUGUCAAACGGCGCGGUGUGACCAGUGUAACUAAAUGCCACAAGUGCAAUGGAACUGGCAUUAUUUUUAUCGGCAAAGACGAGGAUAAACUAAAUUCCGGGAUCAGUUCGCUCGCCAAGUGUGGUGGCUGCAAGGCGACAGGUCGAGUCACCAUUGGAAGUGGAAAACAAAACAGUCAGAACCAGCCCGAAAAACCUUUUCAUUGUAAUGUUUGCGACGGGACGUUUUCUCGUUACUCAUCUCUCUGGUCUCAUAAGCGACUUCAUUCUGGCGACAAACCAUUCAAAUGUGAAGUAUGUGGUUUGGCAUUUGCAAAAGCUGCGUAUUUGAAAAAUCACGGACGUGUUCAUACUGGAGAAAAACCAUUUAAGUGUACUGUUUGUGGAAUGCAAUUUUCACAGAGUCCGCAUUUAAAAAAUCACGAACGAAUUCAUUCAGGCGAACGACCUUAUCAGUGUGAAGUUUGUGAAAAAACAUUCGCAAGGCAUUCUACCCUGUGGAAUCACAGGAGGAUUCACACUGGAGAAAAACCUUAUCGAUGUAAUAUUUGUGGUUCCGCAUUCAAUCAGGCUACGCAUCUAAAAAAUCAUGCUAAAGUUCAUACAGGUGAAAAGCCACACAGAUGCGACAUUUGCGAGAUUGGGUUCUCAGACCGUUUUGCAUUAAAGCGACAUCGCGCGAUUCAUGAAAAGUACGGUCAAACUGCGCGAAAUCAGAACAGCAACAAUGCUAACAGUGCCCAACAGGCAAACACUAGUAAUCAGCAACAACAGCAGCAACAACAGCAGCAGCAGCAGCAACAACAACAGCAGCAGCAGCAACAACAACAGCAGCAACAGCAACAACAGCAACAAGCUCAACAACAAGGACCUCCAGCCCAGCAAGUGGUUGUUGUUAAUUCUGCAACACCUGUGACAGUUAGUCAGGGGCAAGGUCAAGGUCAGAGUCAAGGUCAGGCGGUAAUGUUAGACGAGGUUUACAAAUGCCAGGUGGCCUUCCCAGAGCCGAAAUGAUUCGAAUAAUAAUUUCGAAUUAUAGAGUAAAUAUUCUCGACCUAUUAUCAUUUCCCAGUGAUGGAACAAACAAAGCGAAACAAAAUGAAAACAGAUGACAAAUACUAGAUGUGGUAGAUAUCACUCAACGAACUGCCAAUCUUUAUGCGACAUAAUGAUAACUUUUUUUUCCAAAAACGAAGACAAAUAACCGAUCGAUAGUAAUUAGCAGCGGUAUUGAAACAAUUUUUGAUGAUAAUUUUGUACCCAAGUUCGUUUGUCAGCUGCUGGAUAUUGAACCAUUCUAAAUUUCUAUCCGUCGUUUACUCCGAUGAAUAAUAAAAUGUAAGUUCGGUAUUAAUAGUCAAGUUUGAACACUGGUUUCCUGUUUCCAAAUUAUUCGAGAGUUUUACUCAUCGUCAUAAAAUCCUGUUAUUGAAAUUGUUUGGAAUAUGAACAUCCGACUAUAAAUACCUGACCAGCGCAAAGCCUACCACUUCAUGGUAAAUCGAACAUUUACCGAUUAAUAAGAGGUGAACAUGCCUUUUUAUUGGUGAAUCUUGGAAUAGAGGAAUGAUUUUUCAACAGUACAGACACUAGUUUCCUUCCUACUGGGCAAUUGUUGCUUUAUUAUUAUUAUUACCAUUAUUAUUAUAACUAUUAUUAUUAUUAUGAUUAAAGUCACAUCAUGCUAAAUUCGUUAAGUAGAUGAAUUAAAUUUCAUUGCACUUGAUCAUCAUCUGCCUAAAUUUCUAUGUAAUAAAUUUCAUUGAAUACGUCAAAUGUCAUCCACGGGGCUUCCAACUGAUGUAUUUGAUGAUGAUUGUAUAAGAGAAAGGAAAAAAAAUACGAAAAACGACAAAAAAAUAAAAAGUAAUGUUAACUAUUACAAAUAAUAUUAAUAACCUAGAAUAAUGUAAGGUUCGCACCGAAGCUACUACUAUUAAUACUACUACUGUUACUACUAGUUACGAUCGGUAACAUUUGAACAAUUUGGAUUGACCCUGUUGUGCAAAUCAUGUGUAGAAAGGUCGCAUUUUUACCGGUUAUAUUCGUCGUGCUGCAAUUUCUUUAGUUAGUACUAUUAUAGAAACUCUUCGUCCUAUACCUAUAUCAAUGUAAACCAUACGAGGUAGAGAAGACUGUUGUUUGAAUGCAAAUAUUUGAAUAAGUGAGAAUCGAUGAGAGUACAGAGGCGUGCGAGGAGACAUGAUUCAUUUUUUUUAUUCCUUUUUUUUUCGUGAUCAUCGAUGUCCAAUAACAAAAUUGAGAAAUGUACUAACAACUUGGUAAAAUUUUUAAUUUUGUUUAAAGGAUUUGCGACAGAAGAAUUUUGUGUCGCAAAUUCUUCAAAACCGGAGUAAUCGGUUCGGAGGGGUUGUUCACUUCUAUUGCGAGAUUGAAGUGUUGCAUACUACUUCGAUCAGAAGAAGAAACGAAAAAAAAUCCAUUCCUCGCACAUCUUUACGGAGAGCAAUGUUGUGUACCCUAUUUGUAAAUAUAGGUACUGUUACUUUUAAAACAAAAAUUGCAAACACUUCAUGAGAAACAAAAAAGUAAUGAGUAUCGAGAUAUUUCCACAUAAUUGAGAGCUCGAAUUUGAUUUGGGAUAUUCAAUAAUUUUAUGUGACGAAGAAUACAUUGGCGAGUCCAAUCUUCGAAGUUUUGAGAGAAGAAAUAUUAGAUAGCCCUCACUUAGUAUACGGAAUCAAAUGCAAAUAUUUGGCUAACAUAGGCAUUUGUUUUCCACAGCCCUAACGCAAAUUUGAAUGAACGGGUUUCUUUUGCCCCACAAGCAUGAUUGAACUGAAGAAAAAAAAUUAAAACAACAGCAUCUAAUAGUUGACCAUUUUGAUUCAAUAUCCAAAGGAUUCUAAUGAAUACCCAUUUUAAAAAGUGAAUAUUAUGAUGUAAAAAGGAGAAAUUUUUUUUUUUUUAACCACUGUAUCACUAAUGUUGGGUUCGUAAUAUCAUCGCAGAAUGACAUGUAAUUAAAGAAAAUUAAACAAACAAACAAAAAACAAACAAGAAGAUCCAGGUUUUUUAAUAUCGAUUACGACUAGCGUAUACAUAUUCACAUAGUUUGUAAUAAUAGUUGGAUAAGGUAGUUUAUAUUUAAUUUUUAUAUCCACAAACUUGUUAUAUGUAUAGGUAUGGCAAUGUACUAUGACUAAAUGACUUGACUCAUCAGCAAUUCAACCUAAUUGUUUGAAUCAUAACACAAUCAUUGACGGUAAAUUUUCAUCAACUCUCUAUGAUGAUAAUAACUGUGUCAGGUACUUUUUGUAUUACUUACUACAUAAGAAUCAGUGUGCAAAUUAUCAAAUGAGUAAACGAACAGGUAAACGAUACAGCAAAUUUGUGAUUUAUCAUCAUCUUCUUUUUAUUCUAGUACAGGCGAAUCAUAAAUUCAUUCGUCGGUCUAGAAAAACGAAAACAUCAUUGGUGUAUUAGUUAUAUUGUUGAACACAAAUUUCAAUCAUGAUCCAUUCAGAGUUGGCGUCAAGAACUUUUUCUCUUCACGUCUAAUCAAUGACAAAAAUUGUGUUCCUCUACUUCAUUCGCAGAAUAGGGGGCAUGAGAUAUCUUUACAUUUACCAGUGAUUGGUAACAAUUUUUUUCUUUCAACAACACUGUUAUAAUACUUUCUUAUAUUGCCUGUGUAUAUUUUAAUGUAUUAUGUACGAACACACAUAGGUAAAUAUUGUUAUUAUAAUUAUCAGUUUGUUCUAUCGAUAAUAUAUUGAUAGUUAGACGUUAUUGCAAUUAAUUUACUUUAUAUUAUAAUACGUGGUCAUAAUGCCUGCUGCAGUAUUUUGGUUUAGACUAGAUACUUAUUUUCAUUAUGUUACUUUACUUUAUUUUGUUCUAUUCUUCGUUUCUUUCUCUCAUUAUUCUUCUAUAUUCACAUUAGCACACAAAGGCGAAAAAUUUUUCAAAUUUUCACAUAUUAAUGGUAGGUCAGGGCUUUUAUAAAGGAUGGGCGAAAUUUACUUUUUCUUCACUUUGUUGUCCGGUCAAGUUGAUGUUCGCUCUUGAAUAAUAAAAAAAUGUACAUAAAUAGAAUGAUUAAUAGUAUCAUUAUUAUAUUAUUAUUAGUCGAAUUUCAUUACUAUUUGAAAGUUGUAUAACUGGUCUAAUUCUUUCUUCAUCAAUACUGGAUCCGAAUGAUCUCUUUGUUUGAUUUAUUUCGUUGUGAAAGGUGAACGAUUAAUUUUGACCGUUUGAAUUUCUUUUUUCUCUUUUUCUCGUCAUGAUGAACAAAUGACGAAUAAAUAAUUAGCGAAUGGGAUUACUCCAAUUGAGAUAAAAAUGCAAAUUUAUUCUGUGAUUUUUAGAAAGAAAUUGUCGUCAAACAAAUCAUUAUGAGUGACUCUUGGGUAUAAGAAACUCGGCACAUAUUAUAAACACUUAUAGUACAUAGGUAUGUUCAGUUAGGGCCAUUGGGAAGGAAAAAAAAUAAUUAAAAAUAAUAUCGAAUACCGCUAUCAAUAGUGAAGUGAAAGAAAGUUUCAUCAAGAUGAUAUAAAAAUAUCUUUUAUUUCAUUAUUGAUAAACUUUUUCCCCCUUCGUUUGGAUCAAUAGAAUACCUUAGACUUCAUAUAUAUAGUUUAUUGUCAAAGAUCUUGUGACUGUAUUUUGAAUGCGAUCAGAAGACGUCUUCCAGUUAACAUUUUUUUUUGUUUCAUUUUCCUGACCUACCCUUGUUAAAUUUUAUUAAUUGUGUUAUCAUCAUGAUUGAAACGCUGGUGUUCAUUUGAUAUCUUUUAUAGUAUUUACUAAAUAAUAGAAGAACGAAUGAUGCAGCCAAAUUCAGAUGAUAUUCUUCUGAUUUUUUUUUAAUUGAAAAAUCAUGUAUGAUACGUAAUAAUUGUAAAAUAAAAACAAACAAAACAAUUAAAUCUAGAUCAAAAUGCAAUUAUUCUCAAUUCAUUAAUAUGAAAAAAACGAGUGAAAUAUAUUAAAUACAAAACGAACAAUCAACAAUCCGAUUCACAAGGGAAAUAAGAAGCUGUCUGGACUUCAAUUAGGCAAUGAGAAUGAACAAAUGAAUAAAAAUGUGAUCAUUGGUGAAGAUAAAAAAUGGAAAAUAUGGAAAGAAUGAAAAAAACAAAUAUCUAAUAAUAACAAUAAUAAAAUUAAGAUAAAAACAUAAUUGUAUAGAAUAAUUAAAAUGAAAAGAAAAAAAGAAUAACAACGUAAACGUGGUGACCUUGUUAUAAUUUAAGGCGAGGUAGUGAACUCUAUAUACAACUGUUACAAUUAUAGAGUAUUCUUUGAUACCAGAUAGUAAUUUUUCGAGCUAAACUAAAAUACAUAAUUAAAUAAAUGAAUAAAUCGAACUAAAAAAGCAAAAAACAAAAAAAAUACCCAUAAACAACAAAUAUUGUGACCUAAUUUUAUGUCCCAUCAUGUCAUUUAUGUCGAUUAGAUAGUUGUACGUAAACUAUAUUAUAUAAUUAUAUAUUAUACAUACAUAUUAUCAUAUAGGAUUUUAUAUGAAAAGAAAACAAGUCGUAAGCAUAAAUGUUAGGAUAAAUAACCUGCCCACAAUGAUAAUAUUGAAAAUCUGAAUGUAUAUGUAUUAUACUAAUACCUAGUGAAUAAUAAUGAAUUAUGGAUAAUUAAUCGAAUAGCAUGUUAUGUCAGAAGAUUUUAGUUAAUAAAGAUGCUUUCGAAGCACUCUCAUUUUUAAAA